AUGGCCCCCCCGGCCCCAGAAGUUAUUGCUUUCACUUCUACCGUCCAUCAUGACACCUACCCCGCCGUUGCAAAGGCCUCACAACAAGGCCGAACGGUCUUCAUAACAGGCGCAUCCAAGGGCAUUGGUCGAGCAACAGCCAUCUCAUUCGCCAAAGCCGGCGCAGAAACAAUCAUCAUUGCCGCGCGAAGCAACCUAUCCAGCGUCGAGACCGAGAUACUCGCCGCCGCAAAGGAAGUUGGCGCAACACCUCGUGUCAUCAAAUUAGUUAUUGAUGUCGUGGAUGAAAAGAGCGUUGCGGAAGCUGCAGCCGAGAUCGAAAAGACCGUCGGAAAAGUGGAUAUUCUCAUCAACAACGCGGGGUAUCUCGAAAAGUGGCACCCAAUUAGCGAAAGUGACCCCAUUGAGUGGUGGAAGACAUGCGAAGUCAACCUCAAGGGGUUGUACCUCGUGACUCGCGCCAUGCUCCCCUUGGUUCUGAAAAGCGAGGCGAAGACCAUCGUUAACCUAAGCUCUAUCGCCGCUCACAUAGUUGCUCGCGGCGCAUCCUCAUAUCAAAUCUCGAAAUUGGCUGUAAUCAGAUUUACCGAAUUUAUUGUCGAGGAAUACGGUGAACAGGGUGUCGUGGCUAUCGCUGUGCAUCCUGGUGCUGUCCCCACCGACCUGUCGUCGAACAUGCCGGACUUCAUGCAUCAAGUGCUCGUUGACACACCUGAGUUGGCGGGUGAUGUUCUGGCAUGGUUGACGCAGGAGAGGCCGCAGUGGUUGAAUGGUCGGUACCUUAGCGUGACUUGGGAUAUGCCGGAAUUGUUUGCACGAAAGGAUGAGAUUGUGGAGGGGGACAAGUUGAAAGUGAGAAUGGUUAUUUAG